UUGACAAAAGAAAUAUGAAUUUAGAUCGUAUUCUUGUGGAGGAAGUGGGGCAAUGGGGAAGAUUCCAGCUCAGGGCCGUGGUGUUAUGUGCCUUAGUGAUCAUAAUGGGGGCACUCCAGUGUUAUGCGUAUUUGUUCAUUCUUGUCAAAGUCAAAACGAGAACUGAUUUCAGGUGCGUUAUUCCUGAAUGUGAGAACAGUUCCACGGCCACCUUCGCUCCACCUUGGAUCCUGGACGCAGUGCCAUCGUCAGGUGACUUUCUGGACAACUGUCACCGUUAUGUGACAACAAGUAUAGCAGGAAAUACUUCCGACUGUCCAGCAGAAUUGUUUGACACCAACUCGACUUUGCAAUGCGAGGAAUAUGUUUAUGAGCACAAAAACUCCGCUUUUUAUGAGUUUAAUCUGGCUUGCGACGACUUCCUCCCGACCCUGGUCGGCUCCGUGAACACCCUGGGCAUGAUGGUCUGCCUGCCUAUAACAGGGCUCAUCUCCGACCGCUACGGCCGGCGGCUGGCGCUUGCGCUCACCAACUUCAAUCUAGCUUGGAUUGGGACCUUGACUUAUUUUGCGGGCUCCUACACAAGCUACAUUUCUCUGUCAUUUCUGACCAAUCUUUUUGGAUCUUGUUAUUUCUCCUGCGCUUAUAUUUUAGGUAACAAAUUUGCCGUACUCGCCAAUCUCGCCAUACAGUGUAUUAUUGUAAUAAAGUAUAUGAUUGCAGCCUUGGAAUAUGUUGGACCCAAAUACCGAGUAGUAAUUGGUAGCAGCAUGAGCACAUGCCUCGCUAUAGGGAAGAUGCUAUUGGGCCCGAUAGUCUGGAUGGAACCUUACUGGAGGCAUCUGAUCCUCAUCAUCUAUUUACCUCUAUUUGUGUUCGUGAUUUAUUUCUGGAUUGCGCCAGAGUCGGUCCGCUGGCUGAUAAGUAAAGGCCGUUAUCAAGAUGCCCUGGACAUCUUGAUAGGAGCUGCCGAAAUGAACAGAAGAUCUCUGAGAGAAAAAACUAUAAAUUAUUUCAAGGGCGUAAAAGAUAUUGAGACGAAAAUAGAAGAUAUUUCUGAACCAUGGUUAAUUUGUCUGGUCUUCAAAUAUAAGCCAAUAUUAUUACGUUGUGUAGUGACACCAAUAUGGUGGAUUUCAUCAAUUUUAAUGUAUUACGGCUUAACGAUAUGUUCCAUAGGGAUAUCUGGAAAUAAAUACCUUAAUUAUUCUGCUACGAUUGCCGUCGAAAUCCCAGGUUAUUGGAUCGCUGUUUUGCUUCUGGAUAGAAUUGGGAGGAAAGCUGUAUUAGUGACAGGAUUUUGGAUAACUGGAGCCUGUCAAGUUGCAUUUAUAUUUAUAUCUAAAGGAAAUUAUUGGCUGUCCUUGUCAGUGUACCUGAUCGGCAAGAUGUGUAUCGCCGGCGUGACGACUUCUCUCUACGUGUACACAGCCGAACUGUUCCCCACACGAUACAGAUCCAGUCUGCUGUCUUAUUGCUCUAUGAUGGGACGGGUUGGUGGCAUAUUAGCUCCGCUGAUGCCUGGCUUAGCAGCAGUGGUGUGGGUGCACCUCCCGUUCCUGGUAUUCGGCGUGCUGGCGCUGGGUUCCGGCCUGCUGGUGCUGCUGGUGCCGGAGACUCUCGGCGCACCGCUACCUGAUUCCAUGGAGGAGGCUGCCGGACUUGGCAUGGAGGCACCUGGGGUCAUGCAACAUUUGAGGACUCUUGUGUUUAGAAGCAAAAGUUAUACUAUUCGAUACUAG